CUUUCUUUCUUUCUUUCUUUGUCUUUGUGUAAUUCUCUCAUCAAUUCAAAGAAAAGGGUUGAUGGAGCCGGAGGUUGGGAGGGGUUUAAGGAGUUCUAAUUCGACGUUGAAGAAGGGGCCGUGGACAGCGGCUGAGGACUUGGUGUUGAUCGAAUACGUGAAGAAGCACGGGGAGGGGAACUGGAACGCGGUGCAGAGGAACUCGGGGCUGGUGAGGUGUGGGAAGAGCUGUAGGCUGAGAUGGGCUAACCAUUUGAGGCCUAAUCUUAAGAAGGGAGCUUUCUCUCUAGAGGAAGAAGGUCUGAUUGUUGAGCUUCAUUCCCAAAUGGGGAACAAAUGGGCUCGCAUGGCUUCUCAGAUUCCAGGAAGAACAGAUAACGAGAUCAAAAAUUACUGGAACACUCGCCUGAAGCGGCGCCUGAAGGCCGGAUUACCGAUCUACCCCUUCGAGCACCGGCAACAACAAUUCGAGGAGGAGCAGCGCCACAAUCCGCCGCCACAAACAACCAUACCGUCCCUCUCCUCUCUCCUCGCCGUAUCCCACCGCCACAACCCGUCUCCGCUGCUCGCCUUCGCUCCUCCUCCGCCGCUGAUGAUCAAUUCCGCUCCGAAUAGUCAUCACCGUCAGCUGAAGCUCUACCACGACAGCAACGGCGGAGGCCUGACGAUGUCGCUGGACGCCUUGAAUCCGACGAUGGCUUCGUCGACUUUCAUCAAUCAAGGGCUGUUGAAUCAGCUGCCGAUGAUCGGUUUCAAUUCGGUCAAUUCAGUCGGAUAUGGAUUGGAGCCUUCGAUCCAAUCGGCGGCGGUGACUCCGGCAGCUUCGUCGAGCGAUGAGGCGGCCGGGAGGAGUAGAAGCGGGCUGUUGGAGGAUUUGUUGGAUGGAAAUUUGCGCGAAGAAGAAAUGAAUCUCGAUUUCAGCCAUGGUGGUUCGAGCUCGAAUGGUAGCAAUGAAGGUGUCGAUGCGAAGGCUCCCGGAAUGGGCAUCACUCCAAUGGACGACGAACUAAUGAGCCUUCUAGAUAACUUCCCGCUAUCCGUUCCGAUCCCUGAUUGGAAUGAAGAAGAUGGAAGCGAAUCGCCAAUUUUGACCAAUGGUACAAGCAACACCAUGCAUAGUCAACCCAUCACCUCAGAGUACAACCCGGUUGCAGGAUCUUGCCUUUGGAAUAAUAUGCCAAGCAUUUACUAAUAUGAUUAAUCAAGAACCCUACCAAAUGCAUCAAUCUUGAAGAGUUGAGAGUAUAUAUAUUUGGAAAGGUAAAAGAUUGAAAGAUUAUCUUAUGAAUAUGUGUUAUAUAUAUGGAUUUGAAUAGGGUGUAGUUUCAAAUAUUAUUGUGUGUUGGUUCAUGAAGUGUACUUUCUUUA